UUCCUCGUAAAUGAUUAAAAUUUCCCUGUACUUAAUUCUCCUCAUUAUCAUUAGAACUUUUUUAAAUCGUCCGCUCUUCCUACGUAAUCGAAAAUUGGCAGGUGGUUCAAGCUUCCUAUUGGUGGUUGGGACGUACCGCCGCUGCGAAUCUCCUCACGUGACUGUAGCGCACGCUUUUAAGUAAAAGUAAAGCAUCCCGUUAGCAGUUAUCCUUGAGGGAGUUUCUACGAAACGAAAGUGUCACGCUGGAGGUUCAGGGAGGAUGUCUACAGGGGGGUCGACGGGGCGCAGGACAGGAAGAUGCAAAUGGUUUAAUGUCGCUAAAGGAUGGGGUUUCAUCACACCGAACGACGGAGGACCAGAUAUCUUCGUUCAUCAGUCGGUGAUACAGAUGCCCGGUUUCAGAAGCUUGGGCGAUGAAGAGGAAGUGGAGUUCGAAUGUAAAGUUUCAGAUAAAGGACUGGAAGCGACAAUUGUCACAGGUCCUAGCGGCCAGGAUUGUCGCGGUUCGCAUCGCAGACCUAUGUCCAAAAAACGAUUCAGGAAAAUCAGGUGCUAUAACUGUGGGGAAUUCGCCAACCACAUAGCGGCCAAGUGUACUCUGGGUCCGCAACCGAAAAGAUGCCAUCAUUGCAAGUCCGUGGAGCACUUGAUAGCGGAGUGUCCCUUACGAGAAGAGAAGAAAAAAGGUGGAGGAAAGGCCAAAAACGGAGACAGUACUAAUAACAAUAGCAGUAAAGAAGAAACGAAUCAUCGGGGCGAGGGGGAAGUAACAGAGGGGUUGUAGGGAAACCGGGCGAAUGAUGUCACGACUCCCUCACGCAGUCCGAGUGUGUCACUGGUUUCAUACAGUACAGUCAUCUCAGUCCGCCCACAGUCGAAAUCAAAGUCGCGAACAAAACAAAUAUGCGACAGACUAAAAUCAAAUACUGCGGCCUCCACCCCUCUUAAAUGGGGGGUGAGGUGGUAAACACCACCGACAGGCAUCACCGACUAAAAAAAACAAAAAAUAUAUAUGUAUUCAUUUCGGAGUUAAAACUAUAUACAUAAUGAAAAAAUACUACAAAUAACUAUUCUCAGGGGUUCGAAUUUCGCCGGGGGUUUUAGGAAGAAAAAAAUUAUAUUUGUGUGUUUUUUAAAGUGCUUUUUCUCGCCUUCCCCCUUGGCGGAGUUCUGUUAAUGUUUUUAAUUUAUGAAAAGGAAAAAGUGGAAGAUAAUUACUAAACGUAGGAGUGUUUGUUGUAUUGUGUGUCCCGUUGUUUACCCAUCGAAGGAACUGUCCUUUGCGCG